AUGAAUGCUUUAGUACCUGUCAUCUUCCCUAGUGUUGUGUAUAUCUUUUUCAGACCCACAACACUGAUUGGAAGGAACGUGGGUAUUUCGGAUUAUUUCAUUUAUUCUUCAAACCCAAACAACUUCUAUAUUUCAAGAAAUCAUGCCCGUGUUAUUCGAUCAACACAAGACAACUCGCAUAAGCUUGUUGACAUGAGCCUGACUGGAGUGUUUGUGAAUGAUGUCAAAAUUGAUGGUGAAAUUGUUCUACAGGAAGGAGAUACUGUUACAUUUGGUCAUCCUGAAGGCAAAAUAAUUAGUCCUGGCACCAAAGUUCGACAGGCCAGCUCAGAAUAUUAUUUUCUGUUUCAACGUUGUUGCUGUGAUGCUGAUGGAACAUCACCUCUUCCCUCUACAGUGACGACAUGUACAGCACAAACACAGCUGCAGCUACCAGUCCUUACAUCUGUUCACAUUCCGUACUUUGGCCACCCAGGAUUUUUUCUAGGAACAAAUUCCCAAUUCCCAUUUCCAUCUGGAUUAUGGGCUGCUCCUACCACUACCUCCAGUAGUUCAUCAACCCUUUCCUUAUCACAAAGUUCUUCAGAAUUCACAAGAAAAAACACUACUUUAAGUCAGUUUGUACCGUCUACAGUAACUGUGCUGUCUGCAGUCCCUGAUAAUGGCUGUAACUCAGAAUGUAAUGCAGCAGUAGCAGCAAAAUCUGGAGAAGAAACACCUUUGCACAGUUCCUUCCAAAAAGCAGCUCUUAGUAAAUUGCCAUCAGAAUCCUCACAGUGUCAUGGGGUUUUGGAAGCUUCUGAUGAGACUGCUUUUUCUCAAGGAGAUGUUCAUAAGGUAGACAAAGGUGCAUUAGAACAAGUGACAGAAAAAUCAGUUAACAUCAAUUCAUAUGGUGCAGCAGGAGUUGAAGUAAGGCCAACUUCUGGACAGUUCCACAGACCCUUUUUAGAUGAACAGAAUUGUCAGAAAGCUUCAUUUGGAAGUUCAGCAGUGACAAAGGCACCAGAAGGAGGCAGCACGUUUCAUCUUACAUUACCGCUUUCAGAAGCUGGCAGUCCAGUGAAUGAGCUUGAGAGUGACUGUGAUGAAUUGUUGCAUGGUGUUGAGACCAUUCAGAUUCAGUCAAAAGAUGAAAUUACCAACGAGUCAGUGAAGGAAGACUGUAAAUUACUAGUACCAAAUUCAGAGUCUGACAUACUGUUAGCCGAUGUUCACAUGAAUGAAGACAAUGAAGUCUGUCCUGCUAUUCCAUUACCCCAAGAAGUAAGAACGCACGCAGGUGUCAGUGUGAAAGAAUGUGCAAUAAUUAGCUCCACUAAUGCCCCACUCACAGGCGAAUUUAAGCAGUGUGAGGUUUCUGAGGAAUAUGGAGAAAGUAACACUGCUGCUGCACAGACAUGUAGGUUUGAGAACACUAGCACUUUUCAUCCAUUAGCCAUCUGUAUGGAAGAAAAAUCAUAUGUUGAUGAAAACACAGAUUCAUCACAAUUAGAGAGUCCCGAAAUGUGUGCCAGCAACGUGUUUGAACCAGAAAAUGAGGAUCAGCCUGAACUAAGUGAAUCUGUGUACUCUGAGAAUGUUGCUUUUUCAACAGUGGAUAAAGGGAAAAUUCCAGACAGUUUGUCUGUGAAAGGAUCUGAAAGUCAGUUCAGUGUUGAAAGUGAUUUGGAAGUUGCAGGUGAUUCAGGCCUUAGUAGUCCUGAAAUGAAUCUCACCAAGGAUGAACAAGGUUGUAAUGAUGAACCUCUGAUCCUUAAAAUGGUCAGAAGUGUACAUGUAGCAGAUGAAAGUUUUACUAAUCAGUCGAGCAGCCUUGGGAAAGAGCACCUGGAGUCUGAUACAUCUCCACUGAUGUGUAAAACUUCUGCCCAUACAUGCAAUUCUGGUUCUUUUGUCAGUAGAAUAGAUGAAGUUGACAACACGUUUUUGAUUAUGUCUACUUCUAUUGAUGAAAAAUGUUCUUCAGAUGUAAAAACUCAGAGUAACCAACUUCAGAGGUGUGCACAGCAUUCUAAUGUCUGCAUUCAGAGUGAACUUUCCCUGAAGAUGAAGGAUGAACCCAGCUUGGACUACAAGAUGUCAUUAAAUGCAGUACCAAAUGUAACUUGCCAGGCUGAUUCUGGUCUUUCUAUAGUUGAUAUAAGCCAUUAUAAUGUGGAGAGUAAUAAGGACUCUUGUGAAUCUUGUAUAUCACAAUGCAAAGAGCUUGACAGGGCACUGCCUGAGAAUAAAUGCCAGCCAGAAAUGGAGUCUUGUACUGAAAUUUGUGCGUCUAAUAGUGAGCGUGAUAUUCAGUUGAGAAUUCCUGAGUCUCUAAGUACAGAAGGUGGAGGAGAAUUUACUGUUAAGGAUAAGUUGGACUGUAUAGGUGAAACAUCACUGUACAAUAGGCCUGAUGAAGUUGAACAGUAUUCUGUGCCUGUAGAGGACUUGGAGUCUGUCCAACAUAUGCAGAGUGCUUAUGCAGAAAGUGAAAGCAAAUCUUUGAUAUCUAGAUGUUCUACGUCAAUGUUGGAUCACAAGAGUGAAGGCGGCCUUGUUGUUUCGAAUGAUAAAUGUGAUCUUACUGAAAAAAAUAAUACCUUAAAUAUACUUGAGGAGAAUAUCAGUAGUAACGUAUGUGGUAGUAUGCAGGAGUGUAAACUGGAAACAGGUGGCAUUUCAACAGUAAAAUUAUGCCAGUGGAGGAUUUCAGAAAAUGAUUCACCAGAAGAAACUUGUACUGGUUCUUCAUCAGAUGCAUGCAUUUCAUUGGAAAAUGCAGAGUUUGAACAUAUUAAUUCUGGAGCAGUAAAGAUGGAUUUAGCAAUGCAGCCUAUAGAUGAUGGAGCGAACGAUACAGUGGGAUGCCUGGCAGGUGGGAGGACUGCAGUUCUUGGUUGCAGAAUUGCAGACUCUACAGAGAGUAACACGUUGCUGAAAGACCAUUUCAGUGAUGAAAAAGAUAAGAACUCCAGUGAAAUUUUUGAUAGUUUGAGUGAACAUUACAACUGCUCACAAGAAAACAGUAGUACACUUGUUAAAGGCAGCUCCAACAUUGAUAGCCCACUUUGUGUGAGACAGGCUGACACAACUGAAACACUCCCUUUAAAAUCCGCAGAAAAGGAGGUCCUAGUUACUGAGAAACUUUUUUCCUUAAAAACUAGUACAACUGAAGAAAAAUUAAAUGUGGAUUCACAGUCUUGUGGAGUAGAAGAUGAACAUUUAUCAAAUUGUGCUGAGUUUGCCAAACAUUGCCUUGACCCUUCCCAAGAUGCAAAUUUUCAUCAGGAACUGUUUGGAUCCGAGAAUGAAGUAAGGCCCAAUUCGCAGAUUCCUCUUCAAAGAAUAGGAUUUUCAGUUGCACAGGAAGGAGAGUCUCCUAUGUUGUCUGCCGGUUCUGUACUAAAUGGCAAAACAGGAGACAACGUAGAGCCAAGCAUUAAUGAAAACAGCUCUGUCUGUAAAAGCCCUUGUACAAAUGAAAUUUCUGAUAGCAGUGUUGAGGUUAUGGUAAAUUCAGAUGGUAAGUUCAGACAAAAUGAAGUUGUUGAAGAGGAAUCUUCUUUGAUAAGGACUGGUAGCUCUGAAGAAACCUCUUCUAUCUUGAGCAUUACCACAGGAGAAGGAAAGGGGAAAGAUGAGCCUCCUAAUGAUGCCACAUCAACUGUGUUACUGUCAGAUUCCGAUAUGGCAGAUCUUAAAAACAGCAAUGGGGAUGAGAACCUUGAGAACUCUCCAACAUUUUCUGCUCUACUAAAAUUGAAUACUCCAUUUUCAGAGUCUGAACAUGUUUUGGACUUGCCAUAUUCCACAGAUAAAAUUCAGAGCGUACAGUGUCAUUCUAAAGAAUCUGAGUGCGUUAUAGAGAACGAGGAAAUGGUGCAGGAGGAUUUUGGUGAGGAGCCUCACAGACUUCAGAACACAGAAGGGAAAAAUAUGAAACUUGGAGAAAAGCAAGAACAGGAUAAUGAUUAUUCCUUCACUGAUGUACUCAAGGUGUCCAGGCUGGAAAAUGUGCCCAGUAGUGGUGAUGCAGAGAUUGAGGGCAGCACAAGUGAUGUCAGUAUCAGUACUUUCAACCACUUAGAAACUAGUACAGUAAGUGAGUUGCUUAAAGUUGCAGUGGUUGAGACUGUGAACAGCAACUUUGAAUACAAUAGCUGCAUUAUGGACAGACAAAUACAUGGUGGAGUAGAAAAGGAUUGUGAAGGACAACAGCAAGCUAGAGAAGACGACUUCAUUUAUUCAAAUGAGAAACAAAAAGUUCAUAGAGAUUCUGAAGUGGAUGAAUUAGUAAAUGGUGUAGGAGAACCUGUGUGUACUGCUGCUAAUGUUGAGCAUAGCUCUGCGGAAGUAACUGUAGAGGAGGAGGUUACUAGAAAUUGUUCGUUUUACCCUCAAAUUGUUGUAAAUAAGAGAGAUGUGAGCAGUAACAAUGUGGAUCAGAUGGACACCCAAAGAGUAAUAUUAAGUAAUUCAGUACAUAAUGGUGAAUGCAACAUGCUGAAAAGUGAAGUGAACUGUAAAGAAACACAAGAUGUGAAUGUCAAAACAGAGAAGAUGAUGAUUUUCCAUCCAGUUCUGUGAAUAAAACUAUCCAAAAUGUAGCUGAGCAGGAUAAAGGAGAGUGCCCACAGGUACCUGAAUUUACAGAUGUUCCUAAUAGUGCUCCAGUUCAGAUAAGUGAGUACAGUAUGCAGGUG